AUGACCGGCGAGCCCAUGACGACACGUGUAGCCGGUGCCGCCGGUGGUAUUGGUGGGCGCGCUCCACACCUGCAGCCACCGCACGCCAACCAUCCGCUGCAGGCGCUCCGGACGGACGACAUCGAGGUGCAGGUGCUGGAGCAGGGCAUUGAGCUACACACACACACGCGCGCGACGACUAUGCAAUCGUCGGCAACCGGAACCACCUCGCUGGGUGCGUCCUCCAGUUCGGCAGCGCUAACGGGGGCGGCGGCGGCUGGUGGAGGUCCCGGUGGUGGUCCUGGUGGGACAGCUGCCGGUGGCCGGAUGCCGGUCUCGCUGAAGAACCCGGUCGGGUGGGUGUGCUGUGCGCCCUGCAUCUGGCUCCGGAGCUCGUCGGCCGUGCACAAGAUGGCCAUCACGGCAGCCACCCUCCUGGUGACGUCACUGCUCGUGGCUUCUCCGAUUCUGUUCCUCAUCUCGGCUGCCCCGUCACAGUUGCCACGUGAUUGCUUCGCGGCCACGGACGAGGACGACUGCCACCCGACGCCCGCCCCACCGCCCGUCUGUGCCGAUCCGAUCUGUCGGGCGGCCGCCAUCAGCAUUGCUUCGCGCAUGAACUGGGACGUGGAGCCGUGCCGGGAGUUCAAGAACUACAGCUGCUCGUCGCCCGAGAGCAGCCUGCGGGUGGUGAAGAGUGCGCAGGAGAUCGCCGACAGCCAGCUGCAGCAGCUACUGUCGCUGAACACGACCAGUGGGAUUUUCCGCAAGUUGGGCCGCCUGUACGGAAGCUGCCUGCGCCAGGAGCUCAACGAUACGAGCAUCCGGCGGCGGCUGGACCAGCUCGGAGGCUAUCUGCAUAUCGGGUCGGUGGGACCACAGAGCAUAUCACCGCUGGUAGCGAAGAUCAGGUCGAUAGGACCGCUGCCGCUGAUCGGUAUCUACUACGACCUCAGCUACGGCCGCAACCCGCAAAUGCUGCUGAUCAUCGACGGACCAAACACUCCACCGAACAUACUCGAGAACCCCGUUCGGUGGAGAGGACCAAGGGCGCCGCCGUACGACGUGGACGAGGUGCCGGACUCGCUCGACGACCUAAUCAAUACCUUUCUGCCGUUGGGGCUGACCGCCGAGCAGCGCCAGUCGGAGCGGAAUCUUAUUUUUAGCUUCAUUCGUGAUCUUAAUCAGAUACGCCGCCAUUACGUCCAGAAAGACUUCACCAGCAGUUACGUGCUGAACAACGUGACCGCCCUCGUGAAUGCGCAUCCGUUCCUCGCCUGGCAGGAUCUGGUGCCGGCCAACUGGUCCGGUCCGAUCGUGAUCCGCAGCCCGGAGUAUCUGCGCCAGCUGCGGAAGCUGCUGCUGCAGCACCAGAACCGGGUCAUCCACAACGCGCUGCUGAUGCUGUUCGCCCUCAACACGCUGCCACCGGGCCGUCCGUCGCCGUUGGUGUGUACCCGCGCGACCAACUGGGCCCUGCCGGAGGUUACGUCGGCCCUGUUCGUGGCACAGUAUAGUGAGGACGUCAUCCGGCAUGCGAUUCAACGGACCGAGGCAAUGUUCGAAAACAUGAAGCAACAUCUGAAACGGGCGCCAUCGCUGCGAGGGGCAGCCCUGGUGCGGCUGUCCCAGCUGAAGGUCCAGGCCAAGGUCUGGCCAACGCUCUUCAAUCGGUCCGAGAUAGCGUCGGUGCUGGAUGAGAUCGAAAUCAGCUCGGACAAUUGGUUCGAGAACGUGCUCAAGAUCUACGAAAUCAACAACAAUCGCACGAAGGCGGUCAACUUUAGUGUGGAUUCGUCCCAGACAGCGUACGCCUACCCACAAAUCUCCAAGGUGUUCUACGACACGCUGUCCCACUCGAUCGUCGUGCCUAUCUCGGUGAUCCUGGUGCCGUACUUCAACCCCGUGCUUCCGCCGUACCUGCACUACGCGUCGCUGGGCACGACCCUGGCCAAGGAAAUCCUGCGGUCGAUCACGAAGGCGUUCGAGGCGAAGGUGAUGCAGUGUGUCCCGAGCGCGGUGACCGUCUUCUCGAACGCUUCGCGCAUGGAGCUGCUGAUCCACUCGGGCGGUCUGCAGAUCGCGUACCACACGCUGCUGUCGCUGUCCGGGCCAAUCAAGGGCAUGAACCGGCUGCCCGGGCUCAGCCUAACGCCGCCCCAGAUCUUCUUUCUCGUCUCGGCCCAGGAGCUGUGCGCCGCGUCCGAGUACGGCGGGAUCGACGUCAAUUCAAGUGAUUUCGAUGAAAUCCUAACCUGGCUCAUCUCCCAGGGCGGCAGUGCGGCCGAUGUCUUUCAGUGUCACCCCGCCACGAAGCUGAGCUACCAGAAGAACUGCGACAUCUGGUAGGUGGUCCGGAACCGGAACACAAAACGCGUCAUUCAC